GGAGACUGAGGAGAGGGAUCAGAUCUUAUCGGUAAAUGGGAUUGACCUCCGAGGAGCCACUCAUGAACAAGCAGCAGCAGCUCUGAAAGGGGCGGGGCAGGUGGUCACCAUCUUCGCCCAGUACAGACCAGAAGACCUUGCUCUAUGCUCCCCCCGACGGGCCCGCUCUCCUGUACCAGAGUACGGGCGUUUUGAGGCCAAAAUCCAUGACCUGCGGGAACAGAUGAUGAACCACAGCAUGAGCUCUGGGUCAGGGUCUCUGCGGACCAAUCAAAAGAGGUCGCUUCAUGUGAGGGCACUGUUUGACUAUGAGAAGUCAAAGGACAACGGCCUCCCCAGCCAGGGGCUCAGCUUCAAGUAUGGGGACAUCCUCCAUGUCAUCAACGCCUCCGAUGAUGAAUGGUGGCAGGCCCGCCGGGUCACCUCACAUGGAGACAGUGAGGAAAUGGGUGUCAUCCCCAGCAAGAGACGGGUGGAAAGGAAAGAGCGAGCAAGGCUAAAGACGGUGAAGUUCAACGCCAAGCCAGGCUCAUUUGAUUCCAAAGGGUCAUUCAAUGACAAACGUAAAAAGAAUUUCAUCUUUACACGAAAGUUCCCAUUCUACAAGAACAAAGAGGGUGAGCAGGAUGGCAGUGAUUCUGACAGGAGUCAAGAGGAUGUGAUUCUCUCAUAUGAACCUGUGAUCCGGCAAGAAAUUAAUUAUGCCAGACCCGUCAUCAUCCUGGGACCGAUGAAGGACAGAAUCAACGAUGACCUGAUUUCAGAAUUCCCGGACAAGUUUGGAUCUUGUGUUCCACAUACCACUCGGCCAAAGAGGGAUUAUGAGGUGGACGGCAGAGACUACCACUUUGUGAUGUCCAGAGAGCAGAUGGAGAAAGACAUCCAGGAGCACAAGUUCAUCGAGGCGGGGCAGUACAACGAUAAUCUGUACGGGACCAGCGUCCAGUCCGUCAAAUAUGUGGCUGAAAGGGGCAAACACUGCAUUCUGGAUGUAUCUGGAAACGCCAUCAAGCGACUACAAGUAGCACAACUCUAUCCCAUCGCCAUCUUCAUAAAACCUAAGUCUAUUGAUACAUUAAUGGACAUGAACAAGAGACUGACAGAGGAUCAGGCCAGGAAGACGUUUGACAGAGCUUUGAAGCUGGAGCAGGAGUUUGGUGAAUUUUUCACAGCCCUGGUACAAGGAGACACCUUAGAGGACAUUUAUAACCACUGCAAACAGGUCAUAGAAGAACAUUCAGGACCCUAUAUCUGGAUCCCCUCAAAGGAGAAACUAUAAUAACUCCUCAGCCUGGAAGGGAGUCUGGACUGUUAGGAUUUAGUAAUAAGUUGUAACAUAUGAUAACUUCAUGGCGAUGAAUUGUCUUCAUAAAUUAUUAUUGUGUAUAUGUUACAUGUUCUAUUUUAGUUUUUUCACUCAUUUUUGUUUAUUGCUUCAUUUUUCACUCAACUUGAAUGUUCCUGAAUGUAUUCCACAAAUUGUUUUGUCUUGAAAUAUGAACCGUAAACAUAUUUAUUGAGUUUUAUUUAAACUAAAAGUAAGGAAUAAAUAUGGUCAUUUGUCCACAUCAGCACUGUGUGGACAUUCAGACAGGAAGUUGGAGCUGGCACACACAGUGCACAUGUCAGGACUUGUGUUCCCACUGCGACACCCACACCCCCUCCACACUGCAGCAACUAGCAAAUAAUAAUCAUAUAUAGUUUGAUGUUUUUUCUCUGAUUUGCAUCUAUGCAUCCCCUGAAGACAGCUUUACUUUGUGUUUGUUUACAUUGUUCUUUCUUCUUUGAAUUACUGUAUUUAUUUCUCUGACAUGACAUUGAGUAUGAGUGAGGAAAAUGUUUUAUUCACUGUAAGAGUUUCAUGUUUUUUUAUUUAAAAGCCUACAAUACUCA